AAUUUACCUAGUGCCAAUGAAAUAUACUCUUUCUCAGGAUUUGGAGUAACAUUCAUAUUAUAAACUAUUUCACGAAUAGGAUUCUUUGUACGUUUGGCAACAAUUGAGGCAGGAACACGCCAUUCCUUCAUACGAGACAAUUUAUUGUUUACAUUAUUAUGAGAAAAAUUUUGCACGGUAGACAUAGUUAUGAAAAAAAAAUUCUUGAUUUGUGUCACUAUCGCAGUCUUCCUUUUUAUCUACAUGGAGCUUUUUUUUGCCGUUACACUAGAUCUUUGAUCUAAAAAAAUUCACUUUUCCCAGAAAAAAAAAAAAAUAAAUAAAUAAAAAUUAAAAAACUAAAAUUAAAGAAAUAAAAUUAACUUCUAAAAAAAACGAAACGUUAACACAAUGUCAAGUCUUUUACCAAAACCAAAUUCAAAUUUGGAAUUUGACGAAGCAACACAAAAAGAAUUAGGAAAGUUUUUGGAAAGUGAAAAUGCACGCAUGAGAUUACAACAAUCAAUUCAUACAUUCACGGACUUAUGUUGGGAUAAAUGCAUUAAUAAGAUUAGUAAUAAAAUUGAUCGUGGCGAGGAAACUUGUUUAACUAAUUGUGUUGAAAGAUUUUUAGAUACUAGUUUGUUUAUUGUUAAACGUUUAGAAGAAACUAGAAAAAAUUUAAGUUGAUAGAAGAUACUACAUAUAGAAAUAAAUAUGUUAUUGAAGGUUGGGUAAUGGAGUUGCAAUUUUAAAGAAAUAAAUUUAUCACUUGUAGUUUUCUCCCAAAGAAUACUGUUAACGAGAUUAGCCUGGUAUUUUUUAGUAAAAACUAAAAUGGUUGAUAUAACUUAUGUCUCGUAUUUGUUCGCUUGCCAAUAUUUAUUUAGCUUUAGAAUAAAUUUCACAUUUUUGAGUUGAAAUCCACUCUUGAAAACGUAG